AUGAGCGGUAAUAGCGGUAGCAGUAGUAGCGGUAUGGGUGCCAACGCGUGCCCACCCGUCGCCACCACCGCAGCCAACAACCCAAACAUGUCGGCCGGCAGUGGCCUGAGUCACGGCGCCGGCAAUGCGGCCCAAAACAACAUGACUAGUAAUGACAUUACACACGUCUCGUCCCUACAAAGUGUAUCGACAGCCAAAAGCGGAUCAACGAAUGCUCCCGAGUGUUACGGCUGUCACAAAGCCAUUAAAGAGCGAUAUCUACUCAAACGUGAGCUGGUAGAGACCGUGCUUCUAACAGAGUUUACACAAACAACACUGACAGCAGAGCCGCUUCAGCCUAGGUUUUGUGUCGGCGACCGCUUCUACUUAUACGACAAUAAGAUAUUGUGUGAAUACGAUUACGAGGAGCGGAUGGUAUUCGCAAACCUCAAUCAAAUGACUUCUUUGGAUCACAUUAAGAGACAAACGCAAGAGUUGGUUGAGGUGUGCGACGGGUCCAGCGGUUACGCGAGUGGGGACUCGCCUUUCGAAACCAAUCGGUAG